UCUUUUCACGUCCAGGACGUUUUAGAGAGCGUGUCUGUUUCAUUAGUAUGGAUAACCACUAGUGUCACGAGUGUACACCCGCGUUUUUUAUUCUGUGCCAGCUGAAGAAAACACCGCCCAUAAAUGCCGCGCUAGCAUAACAAGCAUCCUUGUACGUGGAGAAGUUAGCUUGUCUCUGCUCUCGUCUGACUGAGUUUCCUGACGUCUUUGACGGUGUUAAAAUAUAGUUCUCCCGUUUUUUGUGAGUUUUGUAAAUAUUGGCGCUACAAUAAUGGGACGAACUGUUUUAAUAAAGCACUACAACAAAGUAUAUAUUGUCGCUUACCUCUAAGGUCCUACGAAGUACUCACGAAUAGAUGUGAAUUCUUGGCUGCUGGCCAUCAUGGGCACUGCCUCCUCUCUGGUCAGCCCCGGUGAAGUGAUCGAGGAUGGGUAUGGAGGUGAGGGUGGUGAAGCCUGCGAGAUCCCUGUUGAGGUCAAGCCCAAAGCCAGACUCCUACGCAGCUCAUUUCGCAGGGGGCCGCGGGUGAUUGGUGCCAGUUUCAAAUCCACUGGUUCUGUAGAUCUAGAAUAUGCUGCUGAGUAUGAAAAGCUGCGCAAGGAGUAUGAAAUCUUCCGUGUCAGCAAGAAUAAUGAGAUCUCCUCCAUGCAAAAGAAGGAAGCAAAGCUGGAUGAAGAGAACAAGAGGUUGAGAGCCGAGCUUCAGGCUUUGCAGAAAACGUACCAAAAGAUCCUGCGGGAGAAGGAGAGUGCACUGGAGGCAAAGUAUCAAGCGAUGGAAAGAGCCUCCACCUUUGAACAUGACAGAGACAAAGUCAAAAGACAAUUUAAGAUUUUCAGGGAGACCAAAGAGAAGGAAAUUCAGGAUCUCCUCAGAGCAAAAAGGGAUCUGGAGUCUAAACUGCAACAGCUUCAGGCUCAGGGCAUCCAGGUUUAUGACCCAAACGAUUCGGAUUCUGAUGACAACCAAACUACUGUGACUGCGGCAGGGACUCAGUGUGAUUACUGGACUGGUGGUGUAUUGGGAAGUGAGCCCUCUAUGGGAAGCAUGAUGCAGCUACAACAGACAUUCAGGGGCCCCGAAUUUGCCCACAGUUUGAUUGAUGUUGAGGGGCCAUUCGCAAAUGUGAGCAGAGACGACUGGGAUGCUGCCGUAGCCAGUCUGCUUCAGGUGUCUCCACAUGUGCCGCAGGCGUUGUGGAGCAACACUGUGCGCUGCUACAUAAUCUCUACCCACGAGACCAGAGCAGAACUGGACAUCUUCAUUAAAAAACACUCUCCAGUGCUACGGAGGCUAUGUGAAGGUCUCGGCCACUUCUAUCUGAAUGUCUGGUUUGCAGAAGAUUGUGCCUCCUCAUAUUCUUCCAUCCGCAAGCAGGAGAUUGAGAGGAGCUCUGUUUGUUUGCUGCUGCUUAAAUCUAAUGUGAACAGUUCAGCAGUGGAGGACUGCGAGGAAGCAUUUGUGCGGAAUCCGGACGGUCGACCUCUGGUGCUAUAUCUCAAAGCUGGUGAAGAGCGCUGUUUGUCUGGACCGGCCAGGCAGCUGCUUGAAAGGAUCAAUGCUGCAGACAAGGCUGCUAAAGUCAAGGUGCUGAAUCACAGCGGUUCUGCAGAGGAAGGUGCUGCGCUGAUUCAUAGCCACCUAGAAAGAGUUAUAAAACAGGAGAUGUUGGGCCUUGAAGCCCUGGAUGAUUCAAAGGAUUCUGGGUUUGAAGAUGGACGUGAGGAGGAUUCAGGAGAUGUGUUGUGGGAUCUGCACGAUGAGCAGGAGCAAAUUGAGUCCUAUCAGCAGGCCUGCAGCAGCAGCAACUCUCAGCUCGGCUUCCAAAAGUAUAUAGAUCGUCUCAAUGACAUGAUAGCAGCUCCUCCUCCGACCCCGCCUCUGUUGGUGUCUGGUGGACCUGGCUCAGGGAAAUCUCUUCUCCUCUCCAAAUGGAUUGAGCUGCAGCAGAAACAGUCGCCCAAGACCUUGUUCCUCUAUCACUUUGUUGGUCGCCCGCUCUCUACCAGUUCAGAGCCUGUUCUCAUCAUCAAGCGCCUCACAGUUAAACUGCUGCAGCACUUCUGGUCUCUGUCGGGCCUGACCAUGGAGCCGAGUAAGAUUUUGGAGGAGUUUCCCCGCUGGCUUGAGAGAUUAUCAGCGCGUCAUCAAGGAAACAUCAUCAUCAUUAUUGACUCUAUUGAUCAGAUACAGCAAGCGGAAAGAAACAUGAAGUGGCUGAUUGACCCGCUCCCGGUCAAUGUGAGGGUGGUGGUCUCCGUAAAUGUGGAGACAUGUCCUCAAGCGUGGAGAUUGUGGCCAACACUUCACUUAGAUCCCUUGAGUGCCAGAGAGGUCUGGAGUGUUGUGAGCGCGGAAUGUCAAAGUGUGGACCUUCAGCUAUCCAAGGACCAGCAAAAGAAGUUGGAGAGACACUGCCGCUCUGCAUCCACAUGCAAUGCUCUGUAUGUCACUCUGCUCGCCAGGAUAAGCACAAGUCGAUCCUGCUGGUCCUUUGAGAAAAGCCUUGACCAGUGUCUGCACUGUCAGGAUACACUGUCACUCUACCGCCUGACCCUCAAGAUGACACUUGAAUCACUUGGAUCGGACAAAGAGCGGCACAUGAUGCGAGAGAUACUGUGCCUCGUGUAUUCGAGCCACAAUGGAGUGAGCGAAUCAGAGGUUCUAGAUUUGUUCCCAGAUCUGUGCUUCUCAGUUCUGUCCUCGCUGCUCAGCUCCCUGAGCAGACUCUGCAUUGUGACCCUUCACUGUGGCCUCAUCAGAUUUCAGCAUCUGCAGGCACAUGAAGCUGUGAAGUUGGAAUUUCUUAGUGGUGGAAGCAGUUUGGCUUCCUACAGAGAAAAACUGAUCCACUAUUUUAGUCAACAACUCAGUCAUGAUCGUGUGACUUGGCGUGUGGCUGAUGAACUUCCCUGGCUCCUGCAGCAGCAGGAGGACCGGAGCAAACUCCAACUCAGCCUGUUGAAUCUGUUUGUGUCCCAAAACCUCUACAAGAGGGGUCACUUCUCAGAGCUCCUGGCCUACUGGCAAUAUGUGGGUAAAGACAAAAGCUCCAUGGCCAAUGAGUACUUUGAAUCACUGAAACAGUAUGAGAAGAGCUGUGAGGAUGAAGACAGCAUGACCAAACUGGCAAACCUGUAUGAAACUUUGGGGCGUUUCCUGAGAGACCUCGGUCUGCCCAGUCAGGCUGUGGCUCCUUUACAAAGAUCGCUGGAGAUUCGGGAGACGGCACUGGAUCCUGACCAUCCCAGUGUGGCCCGCUCGCUGCACCAGCUGGCUGGAGUUUAUGUCCAGUGGAAGAAAUACGGCAACGCAGAGCAGUUGUACAAACAAGCCCUGGAGAUCAGUGAGAAUGCUUACGGGGCCGAGCACGCCAGUGUGGCACGAGAGCUGGAGUCACUCGCCAUGCUGUACCAGAAGCAAAACAAGUACGAGCAAGCAGAGAAGCUCAAAAAGAGGUCUGUGAAGAUUCGCCAGAAAACGGCUCGCCAGAAAGGUCACAUGUAUGGUUUUACACUGCUGAGGCGCAGAGCACUGCAGCUGGAGGAGCUGACACUGGGGACUGAUUCAGCCGACUGUGCCAAGACACUGAAUGAACUCGGAGUUCUGUACUACCUCCAAAACAACCUCGAUGCAGCCAAAGUGUUCCUGACCCGCUCUCUAGAGAUGCGGCAACGUGUCCUCGGUUCAGACCAUCCAGACUGCGCUCAGUCUCUGAACAACCUGGCGGCUCUGCACACGGAGAGAAGAGAGUAUGAAACAGCCGAGGACAUGUAUGAAAGGGCGCUGAACAUCCGCAAAAAAGCCUUAUCUCCGGAUCACCCGUCGCUGGCCUACACUCUCAAACAUUUGGCCAUGCUCUACAAACGCAGAGGAAAACUCGAGAAAGCCCUGCCGCUGUAUGAACUCUCUCUGGAAAUCAGAGAAAAGAGUUUUGGGCCUAAACACCCGAGCGUGGCAACAGCACUGGUGAAUCUGGCGGUAAUCUACUGCCAACUGAAGAAGCACACGGAAGCGUUGCCCUUGUACGAGCGAGCUCUGAAAGUUUAUGAAGACAGCUUAGGGCGCUCACAUCCUCGUGUUGGAGAGACGCUGAAGAACUUGGCAGUACUCAGCUAUGAAGAGGGCGACUUUGAGAAAGCAGCCGAGCUGUACAAGAGAGCCAUGGAGAUUAAGGAGGCGGAGCCAUCAUUGGUGUGUGGGAAUGCUCCAUCAAGACACUCGUCCAGUGGGGACACGUUUAGUCUGAGGGGACCCAUAGUAAUGGCUUCCUGGUUUGUUCUCAGCGCCGGGCAGUCAAACCCCACUUUUCUAAUCCAAACACCGUCCAAAAGAUAUGUACUCAGGAAGAAACCAGCAGGAGAGCUGCUGCCUGGAGCUCACAAGGUUGAUCGGGAAUUUCGAGUCCAAAAGUCUUUGUUCGCGGCGGGUUUUCCAGUACCACGUCCUCUCCUCUACUGUGCUGAUGCUGAAGUUAUUGGCACUGAAUUUUACCUGAUGGAUCAUGUGGCGGGUCGUAUAUUCCGAGAUCACCGUCUGCCGGGAGUGAGCCCUGCAGAGAGAACAGCAUUGUAUGUAGCGGCAGUGGAGGUUUUGGCAAAGUUGCAUUCCUUGAAUGUGGCAACACUCAACCUUGAGGGAUUUGGAAGAGGUCCGGGAUACUGCAGAAGACAGGUGUCAGUCUGGGGGAAGCAGUACUCUGCAGCGGCACACAAGGACAUUCCUGCCAUGGACGAGCUCUCCGAUUGGUUGAUGAAGAAUUUGCCAUCCAAUGAUAAUGAGGUCACACUGGUGCAUGGUGAUUUCAGACUGGAAAACCUGAUCUUCCACCCAUCAGAGUCCCGUGUGAUUGCUGUGUUGGACUGGGAGUUGUCCACGACAGGACAGCCACUGAGUGACCUGGCCUACUUCUUCAUGCCUCACUACUGGCCGACAAGUCUUGGUGUCAUCAGUACCAUGGGCAGCGUUAAAGGAAUUGAGGGUAUUCCUGAGGUUGGUGAUCUUCUUUCCAUAUACUGUCGCUGUCGGGGGAUCCCACAGACUUUGCCAAAUCUCAACUUCUACUUGGCUUUAUCCGUCUUCAAGUUGGCGGGAAUAGCCCAGGGAGUGUACGCCCGCCACCUGCUGGGUAACGCGAGUGCCCCGAAUGCAGAGGAGUUUGGACAGUGUGUGGAGCCAUUGGCAAGGGUCGGCCUUCAGCUGGCAUCAAGCCCCAAAAGUGACCUGGCUCAAGAGCGACUGUUCAUCCAGACAGCAAAAGGUCAAGCCAUUCUACAGCAAGUCAAAGUGUUCAUGAGAGACCACGUCCUCCCUGCUCAGAAGGAAGUAGCCGCCUACUAUUCUAAACAUGCUAAUGAUCCACUAAGAUGGAGCAGCCCGCCAGUCAUGGACGAGCUAAAGAGUAAAGCCAGAGAAGCAGGCCUCUGGAACCUGUUCUUGCCUGCAGUCAGUGGCCUCUCUCAGGUGGACUACGCCUAUGUUGCUGAGGAGACUGGCCGCUGCCUCUUUGCUCCUGAAGUUUUCAACUGCCAAGCGCCCGACACGGGAAAUAUGGAGGUGCUCCACAUGUUUGGCAGUGAGGAGCAGAAGAAGAAAUGGCUGGAGCCUCUUCUGAGGGGAGAGAUCCGCUCGUGCUUUUGCAUGACCGAACCUGAUGUUGCCUCGAGUGAUGCAACCAACAUGGAGUGCACCCUCCGCCGGGAUGCAGACACGGCUGUGGUUAACGGCAAGAAAUGGUGGAGCAGUGGUGCCGGUCAUCCAAACUGCAAAGUGGCCAUCGUGAUGUGCAGAAGCUUCUCACAGGAAGGGAGAGGACGGCACGGUCAGCACAGCAUGGUGCUGGUACCACUGGACACACCAGGAGUGAAGCUUGUGAGAGCGCUCACCGUGUUCGGGCAGGAUGACGCCAUCCACGGGGGUCACUUGGAAGUCCACUUUGAAAACGUGCGAGUUCCUGUUGCCAACAUCAUUCUAGGCGAGGGCAGAGGGUUUGAGAUCGCUCAGGGUCGCCUGGGUCCAGGGCGACUGCAUCACUGCAUGAGAGCCGUUGGGGCAGCGGAGAUGGCUCUGGAGCUGCUCUGCCAGCGGGCUGCCUCCCGGACCACCUUCGGGAAGAAACUCUACCAACACGAGGUCGUCGCUCACUGGAUCGCAGAGUGUCGCCUCAUGAUCGAGCAGACCCGACUGCUGACCCUCAGUGCUGCUCACGCCCUCGACACCGUCGGCAGCCGCGCGGCUCGCAAACAGAUUGCAAUGAUCAAAGUGGUAGCGGCCAGAAUGGCCUGCAAGGUGGUGGACUGCGCCAUCCAGGUGCAUGGAGGCGCAGGGGUGUCUGGAGACUUCCCGCUGGCCCAGAUGUACGCUCAUGUCAGGACCUUGCGCCUCGCUGACGGACCGGACGAAGUGCACCUCACCUCCAUCGCUCAUCUGGAACUGAGGGAUCAGCUGAAGAAAGCUCAGUCCAAACUGUGAGGGAGGUCACGUGACCGUGCCGUUGAACCUUUGUUGGUGAUUCUCAGAUCAGGUGAUUAGAAACAACCUUUUUAUUCAGAAUCAAGUUUUAUGGUGAGCUACAAAAACGGAAAAUGACAGCAUGGAUAUAAGACUAUUGUCGUCACGCUCCGUGGUGGUCUACCGCACGGAUGAACUCUGGACACAAGCACGGAUCUUUGUACAAUAUAAAACAGCAGAAGCCCAGUCUGUCACCGUCCACAAACGUUUGUACACCAUCGUGACUGUCGGCUGCCCGCGGCGCCGUCCUCUGGGGAGGGGCGUGUCAGUGUUUGCUCUUCUUUGACUUUUUGUGGGAGCGGUGUGGGGAUCUGGAUUUGGAGCGGGAUUUCUUGGCUGAUUUCUUGGGUGUUCUGGACCGUGACCUCCUCGAUCGUUUUGGUGUGCGCGGUGAUGGCGAUCUGGGAAGAGAAAAAAAAAAAAAAAAAAAAAGUCUUAUUGUUUCGUCUCCCUCUUAGUGCCACAUUGUUCAGUAGUAACAGAAAGACAACAGCAAGAUAAAUACAUUUCCAAGCUCAAUGACAACUUCCUUGACUUGUUGCGAUGUUGUGGCGUGUUCAUCAAACACUCUGAGCCAGUGUCAGGACUUCGUACCUCUUUGAGGACUUCUUGUUGCUGGCUCGAGGGGAGUCCUUGUAGCUGGACCGUGAGGAGGUGUCUUUAGAGUAGGAGCGGUCAGAACGCUCCGAGCGCGGUGAGGAGGAGCGUCCUCGUCGGCUGCUGCUCCUGGUGGGACUGGGAGAGGUGCUGUGCCGCUGCUUCCUGUUGGUGGCAGGCGAGGAUUUCCUGUGCGGAUCAAGAGCAGCAGUGAGCGAUGCUCAAAGUGGCGUUCACAGGCCCGACUCCUCUCACCUGUCUUUCCUGGUGGGCGUGUCCUCUUUUUCCUUCUUCAAGUCUUUUAACCGUGAAUCUGCCUUUUCCUUCUCCUUCUUCUCCCGCUCCUUUUCCCGCUCUAGUUUCUCCUUUUCUUUCUCCUGCAGGAGAGGACCAAUAACUAUCCGUCCUCUCUGUGACAUCAAUGGACUUCGCACACGCCUCCUAACCUUUUGCAAAAGUUUGUCCCGGUAGUGCUCCACCUGCUCCUGAAUACUCUGACCGGACUUUUUCGGCCUUUUCCCGGAUUCCAGCUCAUCCUGGAAUUUCAUGACUUUCACCUGCGGUGGCAAAAGGAGCAGGAGUGAGGAGAGGUUCUGGAAGCAUCACUUGAGCGGCUCGCUCACCUCGAUCUCUCGGAGUUUGCUUCGCUUCUCCUCGUUCAUCUCCGACAUUUUCGUCUUCCCGUCACCGUCGUCUUUGCUCGAGUUGGAAUAACUGGGAGUGUCGCCGGAACUCUUGUCGUAGUCGUCGCUGUCAUCGUCCCUGCAGAGAAUUACAGUGUGAACAACAACACAGGGGCAGCACAACAGAGACAAUUGGCACCGUUGCGUGACAUUGUGAUUCAGUUUGCCACCGUCAUGAUUGAAUGCAGAACUUGUCGCACUAAUAAAGGUUUUUCAUCUCUUAUUAUCGUCACUGGUCUCUUUCCCUGAUCUGUUUUCACAUUUGUCCCAAACCACAGGCCUGGAGUUGCCCUGCUGCACGGCACUAGCCCAAGUGAGACAAGAGUUAGU